AAAUAGAUUUUUGUGUUGGAAGACAAUCAUGAGCGUAAAAGUUUGCCUCAGAGUGCGCCCUUCGAACUCUGACGAGAAUUGUGAUAAAAAUUUUGACAUAUUCGAAUCGACUGUCAAAGAGAAAAGGACGAAUGCUGAGUAUUCUUUUGAUGUGGUGUACGGUCAGAGGAGUAGCACGCGGGAUGUGCAGCAAGUAGUGGACCCUAUCGUGGAGGCAGUACUGAAGGGCUUCCAUGGAACUGUGUUCGCCUAUGGCCAAACUGGCUCUGGCAAAACGCACACGAUGAGUGGCACUGCACAGGAGCCAGGGAUCAUUCCGCUCUCAGUGAAGAAAAUCUUCGAAACUAUCGCUCAGGAGCAAAGUGACCGCGCUUAUCUUCUCCGAGUUUCCUACUUCGAGAUAUAUCUUGAGAGAAUCACCGAUCUGCUGGCGGAAAGAUCACCUGACCGAAAUAAUCAGAACAGGUUCUUGGAGGUGAAGGAAGACCAAAACAGGGAGCCUUAUGUGUGUGGACUGAAUGAGUCGGUGGUUGCGUGUGAGGAGGACGUGUUUGAGCACUUGAGAGUGGGGCAGCUGGCGAGGAAGACGGGCGCCACUGCUGUGAACGAGAAGAGCAGCAGAUCCCACUCCGUCUUCAGAAUCACCAUCGAGAGCAAGGACUCCGAGGACACCCUAACCAUGGGACACCUGAGUCUGGUGGAUCUGGCGGGCAGUGAGAAGUUGGCCCAGACGAAGGCGGAGGGGGAGAGACUGAAGGAGGGCAUCAACAUCAACCAGAGUCUCAUGCAGCUCAACAUGGUGAUCAACCAAGUGACCUCUGGAAACCAGCACGUCAGCUACAGGAACUCCAAACUCACCCGCAUUCUGCAGAACUCGAUCGGGGGAUCUGCGAAGACAUGCAUCCUCUGCACAGUGUCCCCCUGGGACUAUGAAGAGACUCUUUCUACUCUGAGGUUUGCGAAUACGGCCAAGAGGAUCAGGAACAAGGAGAAGAAGAACGAGAUAGUGGCUGACACGGCCAUGAUCAGACGGCUGGAGAGUGAGAUGAGGCGCAAGGAGCAGUUGAUCGCCACUCUCCUCAAAAAGGUCCACCAGCUGCAGGGCAACCAGCAGGGGACAGGCAACCCAAACAGAGAUGAAAUGGACGCAGAGCAGCAGCAGGAAGUGAAGAAACAGCAACAGCAACUGGAGAACCUCAAGUUGUUUCUCCUCAAGGGAAGCAUGAAAGGAGGAGACGACGACAACACCACAGCGGACAGUCGCAAGAAGACCCGAGACAGACGUGUUACUUGGGCACCCUCGGCUACUGCUAGAAAGAGCUCAGUGAGUGACUUAAGAGAGAGUAGCUUCGUGCCCAACUUCUCUGAGCUGCUCAAGUUGUCAUCCUCUCGUGAAAUAUCCACAGUCGUCUAUGAUGACGCAUCUCACAUGCUGCCAGCAGCUGCUGCCGUCCAUGCUCCAACAACGACAACAUUAACAUCAUGGCCUGACUCGCCAAGAAAUGUUCAGACAAGUAGUGAUCACGAAGAGUAUUUGUGUGUACUGCCCCCCGGUAGCAGCAGCACAAUCCACUCUGCUGCAAGGAUGUUUCCUUGCAUAGAAGAAGAAACGGCAGCGGAUCUAGAAGAUAGGAACAGCUUGGAGCCAAAGUAUUCGAAGGGGGGUCCAGAAUUCUGUUCAAAUCUAAGUGGUCGAGAUGCAAGUGUAACUGCCCCCCGAGAUAGCGAGUGUGCCAUGAACUCCAAUGGCUCUGCUGCAAUUGAUGCGUGCGAUGAUUUUAACGAAGAUGAGGAGGAAGAGGUGAAAAAUAAGUUUACAAGUUUGAACGAUUCAGUGUUCGGUUUCAUUCCUUCAAUUGACCGCAACAUGUUUUCGCCUUCCAACUUCAAAGAUGACAGUAGGAAGCUAGUUCGCUUUUCUCUCUGUGACGAGUUGAAGACGUUCACGCCGGAGCCGCCAGCUUCUCCCCCCGUCACUAACCUAGGUGCGACUCCUGAGAGCACCUUUCGCAAUCUGUUGAAGGUGUCUGAAAGUGGAGGCAAACGAAAUUUGUCCACACCCAAUUUGGCUAGAAAGUCUCUUCGACUGCAAGACAGACUGAAGUGUCUUCUGCAGAAGGAGUUCGCACUCUCCUCCUCUGAGAUUUACGACAUCGUGGACGAUUUGGCCUUCACAAUCAACGAGAAGUUGUCGGAACGCACAUCUACCACUCCCAGGGACAGUGUGGCGAGUAUGUUGGAUUUGGACUCUUCUUUCGUCCAUCUCACUCGAGGGGGUCAAGUGACGACUAUGAUGGAUGAUUCAGUUCUGCUGAUGGAAAAUAACGAGGAAAAAGAAAGCUGGCAAGAAAAAGGAAAGGUGUCUCACAAGCUGCAGUUUGAAAAUGCUUCGGACGACUUGAGAGAAAAGGUAGAAGAACUAGAGAGGGAGAAGUUGGCUCUUGAGCAAGAUGUGCAGGAGAGAGAUAAGCGAAUAGGUGAGUAUGAAAAAGUGAAGGCGGAAGCGAACGAGGCUCUAGAACGCAAGUCGGAGGAGUGUGAUAAGUUGAGCAGUGUCAUUUCCGAAAUGAAGCAUUUGAAGGCAGAGUUGGAAGAGUGUGCGGACAGAUUCAGUCAAGUGCAGGCGGAGAGAGAUUCGCUAGAGGGGAAUGUGAAACAGCUGCAACAUAGUUUGCACAGUGCCAUGCACGAUUUAUACAAUGCAAAAGAAGAGACGUCACAGUUGCAACUACAACUGAGAGAUGGCCAGUUGGAGACUUCAAGGCUGCAAUCACAAGUUGGAGAAAUGGAGAGGCAACACGUGGAAGGUUUUGUCUCCCAGAUUGUAGGCCAAGUGUUUGACGAGGUGGUGAAGGCGGAAGCUGAAGCUCAAACAGAAAGUGUUCAAAUGCAGACAGAGUGCAUAUAUUUUGAAGCAGGCGAAAUUAUGAAAAGGCAAUCAGAAAAUGCUGAAACUGAAACUGUACGUUUUGAAAAUGAAGCAUGUGAGGAUGGGAGGAGGGAAGAAGUAGACGCACUGGUGUUUAAAGUAGAUGAUUUGAACAGAUAUAUUGGUGUGUUGAAAGAGGAAAAAGACCAUUGGGAAGAACAGCACAAUAAACUGCAGGACAUUGUGGAAAAUUUGACAAUCGAUGUGGAAUCAAGAGACGAGUUAGUCGAAUUAUUGCGCUGCGAAAUGGAAGAGAAAACAGAGUCAAGCAACGAGCAGUUAGUGAAACUUCGAUCUGAACUGGAAAAUGUAAGGAAGGAAAAGGAAAAUGCUUCUGUGGGGUCGCAAUUUGAGGAACAGAGGCAGCUGAUGGGGCAGUUAGAAAACCGAUUGGACGAAAAAAUAAUUGAAAAUUUGAGUUUGACAGAAAAAGUAGAGAGGCUUGACAAAAGACUGGCAGAAAGCGAACAAUUUGAUGUUUCGAUGCAGACCGAAUUUCGUUCAGAUGUUGUUGAAACAGAAGUUCAAACAGAUCAAGUGCAAAAUCACGAUCAAAACAUUAGAGACAUUGUUAAGAUAAACGCCGAAUGCAACACGUCGUUUAACGUCUCACAAACAGCGAACAACUGCAAAUCAGAAACGGAAUCGGAAAAGUGUCCAAAAUGUAUUGAAAGUUUAAAAGAUGGGAAAGAAGAGUUUGACAAGCAAAUGCAAAACUUGUUGCUUUCUCACAGUAAAGAAAAGUUAGAACUAGAAGGAGUUAUGAGUAAUGUUGAGCAGAGAGCGAAAACAGCCGAGGCUGAAAUAGAAACUAUGAAACUACAGUUUGAGGCAAAUUUAACGGAAAAAGAAAGGAAACUGGAUGAGAUGAUUUUGGUAAAAGAUGGGCAAAUUGAAGAGCUGAAGAAGCAAGUCAUUCAUCUGAAAGAUGAACUGGCAAGUGCAGUUACUAGCCAAAAUGAGGCUGUUGAAAAAGUAGAGUUGUUGAAGGAGCAAUUGAAGAAUGCACAGAGUUCAGUGGAAAUGGCGAAACAACACAGAUGUGAGCUGGAAGCCGAAUUAGUUAGUUUGAAAACGGAGAAGUCAGAGGUUGAUCAAAUGGUUACUUUCUUUGAACAAAGAGCUCGUCAGUUCGAAACAGAUUUGGAAGAAGCUCUAGCUAAUUUAGAGAAAGUGGAAAAAGAACGUGUUUUGGAGGGAGAAGAGAAGAAGAAGGAGAUGGAGCAACUCAUUUUGAGGAAGAAUUCCGAGAUUGAAAGUGUGAGGCAGCAGCUGGUGGAAUCAGAGGAUGAAAUGAAGACGACAAAAAGUUUCCAACUGGCCGCUUUCGACGAGCUCGGUCAGACGAACGACCAGCUGGAGUGUGUUUGGAAGAAACUGGAACAGUCGGAACAAGAGACGAAAACAUUGAGAGCAGAGCUUGAAGAAGUGAAAUUAGAAAAGGAGAGUUUGAAUGAACACAUUCAGAAGUUGAAGCAGUCGCAUGCUGUAAAAUUGGCCAAUUUGAAUGAGAAGAUAGCGCUGAAGACGAAGCAGCUAGAAACAAGCAAGCCGAAGAAGUUUGCCAACUUCAGAGACAUGUUGAAUGACGACGAAGGAAGGAAACAGUUUCUGAAGGAGGAGGAGGAGGAGGAGAAAAAGAGGAUGUUGAAGGAGUUCCCUCGGCUGAAAGAGCAGAUAGAGAAGUUGGAGCUACAACUGUCCGACAGCGAAGGAAGGGAAGAGUGGCUGAACAAAGAGAUCAAAGAGUUUAAAAAGGAGAUCUAUGGGCUGAAGAAGCGCAUUCCGAUGGGGCCUCUGACGGCGGAGGAGACUUACGGGCCAGAGAGUAUGAAGCAGAUGUAUGACGAGGCAAUCGCCAACUACAAGCGCAAGAGACACGAGUGUCUAGCUUUGAAGCAGAAAUUAGAAAAGCAGGCGGAGCAGAUCGAGGAAUUGGAGAAGAAACUGAAGGAGCAAGAAAGGAGAAGUAGAGCGCGAUACUCACAGAUAGUGUUUGGGGCUGAUGACCCAGACGAACUGGAGACGCCCUCCUUUAUUAUCAAAGAAGACGAAGACGAGAGAGAGUCCUUGGAAAAUACUAUGACAGUAGCUUCGACUACGUCAUUGAGAAGAGCACCGCCUGUGGGAAAAGAAAAGAAGGCUCACAGCUCGAAGUUUGCCAGAUUGGACGGAGAAUCUGGCCGCUCGGUGCCAGUUUUAACUUCGUCAACACGUGGAAACGUGAACAAAAACAAGGAAGAUAUUAGCUUUCUGCUAGAUUAAAACACUAAUUGUAUAACUGUUUCGCUCUUCUUCUCUACAACUCUCCUUGGAAUAACUUAUGAGCUCGUAUAAACUUCCUGAUAGUUACGAUCUUAUUCCAAAAGUGUUUCAAAGGAGUUGCGCGAAAAGAGGAACAGCGAGUGCUUGUUUUUUUGUUGUGUAGUUUGAUUAAAUUGUUUUGCUUGUGAUUUGAAUAUUGGUUUUAAUCAGAUAUUUUGCGAAUAAACAGUUAUUUUUGUGUCA